UUCAGGUUUGCGGAGAUUUCACACGUAAACUUCCUUCUGAAAAUAAAUUUUCAUUUACGUGAAUUUCGUACGAUUGUGAUUGUGAAUUUUAUGAUUUAGAUAAUAAAGUACAAGAAAAAUGCCUCUAACGGCUAGACAACGGAGUAUUCACAAUAAGAACGGAGCUAAAAGGGCUACAAGUUUUAGCAAAGGAAAACGAAAAGCGAACGAAGGAGAGUUCCUAGUAACAAACGCUCCAUCAGACCUGCGGAGUAUAGCAUACCCAGGCGGUGCAGUAGCACUCGGUCUACUGCUGACCGCCCGUAUUGUGUCUGCAUACUGGGGACACAUUGCUGAUUGUGAUGAGACUUAUAAUUACUGGGAGCCAUUGCAUUAUUUGGUGUAUGGCAGUGGUCUACAAACUUGGGAAUACAGUCCAGACUAUGCAAUAAGGUCGUAUAUGCCACUAUGGCUGUUUGCGGUACCUGCCAAGAUACUCUCCUGGUUCAUGAGUCCUGUGUCCGUGUUCUAUGCUCUACGGAUUGUGUUAGCCGUGCUCUCUGCUUGCGCUGAGCUUAUGUUUUACAAAGCAAUAUGCCACGAGUUUGGUGUCCACGUGGGUAGAGUAUGGUUGGGUAUGACCCUGCCGGCGGCGGGUAUGUUUGCAUGCAGCGCCGCCAUGUUGCCGUCCGCGUGGAGCGCCGCGCUUGCCAGUGCAGCGCUCGCCUGUUGGUGGCGGCGCAGAUACCCUACUGCUAUAUUCCUGACUGCCGUCUCGGCAUUGCUUAGUUGGCCGUUCACAGCUUUACUAGGAAUACCCAUCGCCAUUGACAUGAUCAUAAUGAAAAGACAAAUAAUUGAUUUUGUAAAAUGGUCCGUAAUAUCCCUGAUAGCUAUAAUAGUGCCUACAGUAUUAGUGGAUUCUUGGCAUUAUGGGAGAUUGGUGAUCGCUCCGUGGAACAUUAUUGCCUACAACAUAUUUACUGAGCACGGACCUGAUUUGUAUGGCGUGGAACCCUGGACUUAUUAUUUUGUUAACGGAUUCUUGAACUUCAAUAUUGUUUGGGUGCUUUGUCUAUCCUGUCCAGUGUUUCUAUUGGCUUGUACGGCAGUAGCAGGUCGGUCGACAGCUCGGGCCGCGUUCUGUGCCCCGUACUGGUUGGAUUUACUGCCACUUGUACUGUGGUUGGCUGUAUUCAUGCUACAACCGCAUAAGGAGGAGAGGUUCCUGUACCCAGCCUACAGUAUGAUAAUCCUGGCGGGCGCGAUAGCACUCGACUGUCUACAGAAGCUCACGUUCGCAGUCGGCACGGAACUGUUCCGCUGGAGGAGGGAGCGAGAGAGGAGACACUAUCUCGCUUACACCGGCCCUCUAAUGGUCAUGUGUGUACUUAUUGCCGGAUUUGCUGGUCUAUCCCGCAUAGCAGCUCUAUAUACAAACUACCACGGACCUAUGACAAUACUCCGAGACCUGCCUCCAUCUCCCGAUGCAGAACUAACAGUCUGCUUCGGCAAGGAAUGGCAUCGAUCCCCGUCUAGCUUCCACCUCCCUGAAGGAUUCAGUGUCAGGUUCAUACCCAGCGAGUUUAAUGGACAACUGCCUGCACCUUAUGCUGAUAGUCAUAAUGCAACGCGCCUCAUCCACCCACAUUUCAACGAUCUCAAUAAAGGUGACAACAGGACUUAUAUAAAACCUAAAGAAUGCCACUAUUUAGUAGACUCAAGCAUCGGCCGACCAUCCACACUUGAGCCCGCAUACCAUAAAGACUCCGCCACAUGGGAGGUCAUCUCUAGUGUUCCAAUACUAGACGCCAAAAAGUCCCAUCAAGUGUUCAGAGCAUUCUAUGUACCAGUGUUGUCAAGUAAAAAGAAUGUUUACGCGAAUAUGUAUCUGUUGAAGAAUAAGGUGCUGGUUUAAAAAAUAAUUAUGUAUGUUCCUUUUUUUAUAUUAAUGUCUAUUGUAAGUAUGGCAAUUACUUUGUCCAAGAAACGUUGUUUUGUAUCAUAGAUGGCGCUGGGGUAGAUAAUGGUACCGUGACACAGUAAUAUUCAUUUUUAGAGCGUUUUUAGCAGCUAUAAUGAUGGUUUUCUAUCUGAUUUGAAGUCCUAGGUUGAUCUCUGGCCUGGACAAAGUUGCAAAUUUGAAUUACAGUUCAUUUUCCCAAUGAGUUUGCCCCCAUAUAUAGGAAUUACAUUAAAAUAAUUACAUUCUAAAAAAGUGUACCAUUAGUACUUCAGAGUCUCCUUCAAUAUUAUAGACAUGUCUUACGUUAAUAUUGAAGUACUUACAGUGUAUAAUAAAAUACCAAUUUUAAUAUAGUUACCAUUGUAAAUGUAUAUAAAACGUAUAAACACUACACUGCCAUCUACAAGUAGAGAUGAAUUGGACUAAACUACUUAGGGUUAAGUUUUGUUGUGUCUCAGUAGCAGACUAAUUUAAAUCAACCGACAAAUAACUUGAUAAAACCAAAUUUUAGCUAUAAUGAAUUGUUUAAAAGUUUUAUUUAUGCAUAUUUUAGCAUUAUAUGACCAAAACAUCGAUGCUAAUAGGGUAGUUUCCAAAAUUUUAUUUGAAUGUCCGUCUGGUACAUUAAUUUAAAACUUUAGACACGUAU